AUGAACUCUGUAGGCGCAUACAACGUGGAGGUGGAGACUUCGGGACUGGGGUUUCAGCUCUCCGUUUCAGAAGUUAGUAUACCGGACCACCAUUCGUAAGUGAACGAAUAAUUAUACCUGAGGGGGUGUGGUCGGAAAAUUUAGGAAACAGUUUUUGGUCAAGGUUGUCGGACUGUGGUCAACUGAAUGAGCUAGUAAAAUUUGAUCCUACCCUGAGAGGAGAGACGGUUUAAACGGAUAGUUUGGACAUUCGAGACGAAGUCGGUCCGCGGAGAAUGGAGGAGUAAGUAUAUGCGUGAAACAAGUCACAAAAUAUACUGCACUAGUAACGGUGCUGGUGGGCACUUCGAGAACUAGAAAUGACUUAUUUAAAACAGACUAUAGAAACGAGAAACCCGUAAAAUCAGAAACCAGUUUCUAUUUCACACACACUUCCGAAAGUUGAUGAAUUAAAAAUGAUUUCAGUUGGAGUAGGGAAUAGGCAACCCCUUCGUAUUAGGUGUGGCUUUGCACUUUUCCGGUCUCCUAACUCCAGCCCUACUUCGAGGCCAAACUGCCCCCGGAAUUUGGCAUAAGUCCACCCGUAACACGGGACGGGUACCUAUUUAUAGGCAUUAGACAAUACACAUUACAUUGGCUAUUUGGCAUACUAUUGAGUGCUGAGAUGAUGAAUAGAAGUAGAAUUCAAUGAGACCAAACAAUUUUAUGAUGACUAUUCAGCAACAUCGCCCUACUGCGCAACAGCCAAUUUCGAAGGGCGGCUUCAAAAAGAGUCUUGCCUCCAGGGGUGACCUUGAUUUUGGUACGUGAAGGCGGAACUACGGUUCCCAAGUGAAGGCGUCUACAAUGCAGUCCGAUCAUACUCGUCAGUCUCCUGAAGGUCAUACCGACGAAACCGAGCCUGUGCAUAUCACUUGAACUUGCGCAAGUGCGUUCAUGCGUACUUUCGGGGGCAACUAUACUGGGCAAACUUAGGGUUAGCUGACAGCCAGGUUGAUUGGUCACUUUAAUAAGCGGUUUCUGAAGUCGGAAAACAAAGUUCUACGGUCCUUUGUUAUUGCGCCGCUUUGUAGACAGUGGAUAUCCCGUUGACUGCAAAUUAGCCUUGUCUGUGCGAUAAUAGAUUGGUCAUUAUGUUACCUAAAGGUGCUCUUUGAGAUGGUGGCCAAGCCAGCUCAGUGUAAAGGACUAGACCAUUUUGAGGAGUUGGCUCCGACAUUGGGCUCCUCGAUGCUUCGAGUUCCUUGUGUUUUUCAGACCCCCUAAACCCCAAAUACUGUUUAUUAUAUUAUUUUUAUUAUACAUGUUUUAUUUUUUUCAUUAUUAUAUUUUUUAACAUAAGAUCGCUGGGCAAAGAUAACGUUAAAACAAGGCUAUACAGUAAUGAUAUAUUGAUUAUCUGAAGUAAUUACACUGUUCGUGCAUUAUUCAGUCCCCCAUUUUUUAUAAGAACAAAGCGUAGCUGAUGGGCCCUCGGGAAUUGCUAUGAUGUGACUAAAUUGGACAGUUUACAAAAACUGAGCGGGGUAAGAAUGUUGCACAGGUGGCGGUAAGGCAGAGGCCUUAAACACGGCCACAAUGGUAAACCGGAGAACCCUAAACCCUAACCUUAAAUAAUAACCCUAAACUCUAACGCUAGAUCAUAACCCUUAAACUUUAAUCCAAAUCCCAACCCUAAACCUUAACUCAAAACCCUUACACUGAACCCCAAAUACUAACUCUAACACCAAGUCCUAAGACACUAACCGUAAUUCUAGACCAUAACCUUAACCCUAACCCCAACACCAAAAUCCAAACCCUAAACCAGAACAGAAACUCACCUACUGGGGUCGAUAUUAGUACGAAAUUCGUAGGCAAGUGACUAGGGCUUGACCAAAUGGGACCGCGUUAUAGGUCCCCACCGUCCAUAAUCACGAUCCGAGCAAAGCACUUGAAAAACCGCAAACAAACCCAUCUUGCAAGCUACAAGAGGGAAAUGCCAUUAUUCACUAAGCCAAUGAGCACAACCCUGUAGUUCGAAACUGGGGGACUUCUAAGGCUUUCUCUUGCUACUCCGAGACACCUAUUUUCUGACGAUUGAUUUCCAUCCUUGCACAUAUUGCCGUAAUAAAGAACAUUUCUUCUGACGAAGAAAGUCAAAAAUAAAAGGACAACAGAGGUGACAGGUCUGACGUUCUUGCUGCCACCCACGCUCUGACGAACUCCAAGAUCAAAAUCGCGUGUUUCCACACGUGUCGCAUUCAUCGCCCUAAAACAUCAGCCGCCCUCGCGCUAAUAGCGGAUUUGUUGUUCGCAAUGUGCGCCCGCGCGCAUGCACUGACUGACACCAGCGGACCGAACUGCCAUCCCCGUUGGCAGUAUGCAUUCGCUAAGACACACUCUCGUUCGCUAACCUGAUCCACGUGUACUGCGGCCGGUCCCGGCUAAUGGCCUUCACUGCGGACCUUGCGGUAUUUAAGCUGUGCCUUUGGCAUCUCUCUUGCGAGCGAAAGAAACGGGUUUUCACCGUUUGGAGAAGUUUGCAAAACAUGAGGCAGAUCUUCGCGGAUAAUUUGUGAAAGUGGAACAAGCUCGAAAGUCUUUGCGGCUGUGACACUGAAUCUUUUUGUUUCGAAAAGGUACGACCCCAUUUUCGUUGUCUUACUGUUCAGUUUCUGUGUUGUGUUUUCAGUGCUGGAGUGCGUUAGCCUUCCCCACCGUGCAUUUUGUGAAAAGUGCGAUGCAGCGCUUCAGGUUUUUCUUCCCUGGAGCCCACACCACGCUAGAAAGCACGGCACCAGGACUUUCGAACAGCCGGAACAUUCACACCUGCAGCCUCAAGAAUAGCCAAGCACGUCGGGGUUACCAUUUUGGAGUGUCCUUGGUAGCCGGUGCGUCUUAACCCACUAAGUUGACGCUGAGAAAUCCUAACACAACGCUUUCUCACUCAUGUCCACACCGCCCUAACGGACAGACUUGCGAGCAGACCCAGAGCCGGUCGUGCGUUGGCCAGCACUGAGUUUCUGCACUGGCUGCACGAUUUCCACUGAUAUUAUUCUGCUUCUUCUGCAAUAUCGGACCGAGACAGAAUUAUUGCGAUGGUGAAGGCACACUCACUACCACAGUUGGUGCGGAUCUUACGACGCCUCCGAAGUUUCUUCGUUGCUGCCAGACCUCCUUAGAAACAACUGGUUACUCACGAGGGUUGUUGUUCUACAACAUUUUUUGGUCAGAUAUGGUAAUGUAGCCGCACCUGAGGUAAACAAAACGCAGCUACCUGCAAUGCGGGAUCGGUGGUAAAAAGGGCUUUUAAAGGUGGGGAGGGGGAACGCACAGGCGACAAGGUGAAAUAAAUGUACGAAGAGGAAAAAAUACUGGGAAUGCGCGAUUAUACUUAAAGAGUUGAGAAACAGUUGCUUUAACCCCUAACUCUAACCCUAACCCUAAGCUUUAACCCCUAACCAUAAACCAUAGCCCUAACCCUAACACUAAAUCCAAACCCGUUAACCACUUAGCCAUAACCCUGCCCCAAACCCUGAAACAACCAACGCGAAAGUUAGAAGGAGACGACAGGCCAAAAGUCGAGAAGGACUACCGGUAUUGGGUCAAAAUGAUAGACACAACAACAAAGAAACAAGGCCGUUACGCACAGCAACGCCAUGCCAACGUAAUAACACCAACUCAAAAUAAUUAAGUAGGUCAACAGCAUUGUAUGCAUCAGGUGCGGCUACAUAGCCACAUCGUGCCAUUUUUCCCAUGCAAAACCAACUUGCAGAUAAACCUACACACUUACUUAGUGUUAACAGACUAAGCGUUACGCUGUAGAUAUGCAUGCAGUGCUGAUCAAAUAUUUAAAAAAAGUCAAUGACUCGGAGACCGAUACAAAUGAUGUCUUCGGCUACAGAAAAUUGCACGUCGUAUAUGGACGCUUGUAUCGCUUCGACCAGAAAUACACAUUUAUAAUGAAACGCGAAAAUACUGAAAAUAGAAAAAUGUGCGUAAAAUGAGUAAACGUUGUUUGCAAAGCAUAAAAUGCAUAUCCCUGCCAAAAAAUCGAGUCCUUUAACUUUCUCAGAAAUUACUGCGUGCACUUGAAGUAAACCUCUAGAAACAAAGCCUAUUAGAAUCACUCCGAAAGCUGAUGUGAAUAAACGGGCCAAAUUUUUUCAGCUGCAGUGCAAUAACCGCGUAAUAUUUAUGACCUGCAAGCAGGGAGUCAUUAUAUUGAAUAAUUGACAAUAUGCCAAGACGCGCAUGUUUUACGGUUUUUUGUGACUUCGCGUGAUAAAGAUGGGAAAUGAUCGGCUCAGCAUAAGCCCAAUACCAUCUACAACAGCCUUUUAAAUGGCUUCUGGGUUAUAUAUACUGCAGGAAGUAGUGGACAGGUAAUACUUGUUAUUUGGCAAAGCUGUAGCGAUAAGAGUAAGAAGUUUUCAUUUCCGCAUCGUCCGAGAUGCGACUGACCGCAGCAAAGAUGACUUUAUUUGAUUAAAUGGGCAGCAGCGUUGAGGAAGUAAACGCUUUAUACCCUCUUAUGUCGUGGCAUUGGUCAGUGAUUACGAAACUGGAAUAUAAUUUACGGCCGCUAGCGUAUUAAUAUUGUUUUCGGAGCAUCGGAAGAAGUUUUUUGGUCAAUUUACACCUUUGGUUCCGAUGAAAGUUUAAAGGCGAUUGAAAUUCCCAGUUGCGCAUUGCGAUUUUCGGUGUUUGCAGCCAGUGGUCCGCAAAGGUUUUUUCGCAGUCCAAGGUCAUUUGGAAGACUAAAAAGUAGGUUUCGUGGAGUCCUUUACCUGUGCAGCAAUAUUAUAGACGCUGCACAUUCUGGCAGAUUGCGGUUUGGACCAUAAAUUUUUUACUCACAUGAACUCGAGGCCUGAUCGUCAGAGAAAAAUGGACGUUCAGAAAGGAGGCCCACAGUGAAUAUGUUUUUGAUUCAAUGAAAACCCUCCCCGAAAUUUUAUAUUCGCAAAAUGCUUUGUCGGGUUGUUUUGCUGAUGAAUUCCAAUGUCCAUCAUCUUUUUUUCGAAGCGAGGAAAAUGAAGACAUUUUGCUCAUUGCUGAUAUUGGCCGUUUUCCUGCUGUAAGGGAAAACAUUCCCUUUCCGCUUAAUUUUAGAACCGUCUUUGAUACCAAUAUUCGACUCUGUGCCAAAUUCUGCGAAUAUGAAUAUGGCACAGAUAAGCAACAUGAAUAGAGGGGCGCUCACCGAUCGUUUUUACGGAACUCACUCGUCCUGUUGUGCCUCACGGGUUUUCUCUCAAGCCCAACCAGCAGCCGCACAGAGGGGCAUGAUAUAGGCAGAAUGGUAUUACCGACAAAGAAAAGCGAGAUUGGAGUGGCCAUUUCCGGCUUAGUAUCCCUCGUCACAGUCAUACCCAAUUCCGAAGUGUGGCACACCCGAGGCUCGAACUCGCGACCUGUUUGCUAGAAGUCCACGCCUCUAACUACUGAGCCACGAGCCCAUUGCCCUGCCGGUUUUCGAUCGGGAAUAUAUAAUGAUAGUUGUCGUCGGUCAGUCAUGUCCAAACUAGAAGAGUGGAAUAUCUGGGGCUCGAUCCUGUGACCAGUUAGUUAGAUGUCCAACGCCCUAACCAAGUUUUUCUCCUGUGGCUAGCGGUGUGCAUGCACUCUUUCCGUAUUGUAUAUUUUGUGAAAACGGAGCGCGCAAAAGACAUCUUGCCAGAUACUUAGUAGUUCAACUGACCUUUUAUUGAUAGGGCCUUUUCUCAGUUACCCGGUGGUAGCAAGCCCGGGGUUGGGUGUGACUGACGGAUUACGGCUAAUAGGAAAGAAGCGGUCAUGGCCGUUGAUAAAACGCCAUGUAUCUGAACUUACCAAUUUGGCUCGUAAAGUUAACAAUAUUGCUCAAAUCCACUGCUUAGUUUUACGAAUCCCAUAUAGUUUCCUCUUAAGACCGUAGAGAAAUGCAUGGUUUUCCGUACACGGAACAUAAACGACUUGUAGUUUUGAAACCUUAAAUGCAAGUAUAACAGCGGGUAGGGUUCAAAAUUAUUCGGAAAUCGAAAAAGUUUUAAAAACCGAAUUAUACUCUUCCUCUGAGUAUAUAUUUUGACUAAGGGGGUAAUUUAUUACUUAUUGAGUAAAAGGAUGAGCAUUUUGUGCAUGUCUUCCAGAAAAUAUAAUAGAAUUUUAAGAACAUUGAAAAUCAAUGCGAAAAAUGCAUGCUAAUUAAGUAGUCAUUUUUCGCAGAUUUCUGUUCUUGCAUGCAGUCGGAAAUAAGUUCUUUCAAAAGAAGGCACCCUGAGAUGACUGGAUCAUUAUCGAAUUAUGCUGCAUGAUAAUUCGUUUUACAAUCCUACUUAAUUAAUCAUUCCGAAAUGAGAACGCAUUUUGGAAUUUCGCUUGACAUUUCAUAAGUUAGCCCACCUACUGUAUACUGUCAUAUAGCAAACAGAGUGCGCGUGGCACUUAAAAAAUAGACAAAACGCCAUCUUAAAAAUAACGCAUUUUGAACUAACUUCCGCUGGCUAGUUUGCAUUCAAUCAGGAAACCCAGGAAAUUUCAGUCAAUAGACCGCUGAAGAAUAAAGGAUUUCUGCAGUUGCAGGGGAUUUUAAUGCACCUAUUAUAGUUGCCAGCUACGUGGGGCCCCUAUGCCUCGCCGUUACCAUAAUGCUUUAUCAGUUUAGUCAUUUUCGUAUAUAAGGGAGGACACAGUCCCACUAUGAUCUUGGUAACAAUUCCAAAGAAAAAACAGGUAAGGUUUGGUCCUGCAGCCCGACCUGGUAAGCUUUCUAAAAAGGUUCAGUAGCUGCAAGUUUGGUGACUUUAACAGUAUCAGGUAUUUGCAUUUUACAAUAUCAUUUUGAUCCAGCGGAUGACUGUGCAACGGAGGGAGGAGUCUUUAAGAAGAAAAAGAAGAAAAAGAGACGAUCGUCGGGAUAAGAGCUUUAUUAGCCUGACGUUUCGGAUUCCGGCUCGAAUCCAUCAUCAGAGACAAAAGCAGAUAAGGUCUGCCAAUCAAAUCCAACGGAGGAGACUAAGAGCCUCAUCCAACACCAAGUUUUGUCUCUCCUAAUAACCUACAGGCCGUGGGACGUGCUUUCCAAGGUCGAACGUGAUGCGCUUAGAGAACUCAAGGCCGACAAAGACCUGGCCAUCGUGCCAGCGGACAAGGGGCGCUCCACGGUUGUGCUGGACUGGGCAGACUACCUUCAAAAAGCCAAAGGUUUACUGGAGGAUCGACAGUUCUGUGCCCCAUGUGCAGCGAACCCUGCAAAAGCGCUGACACGCAAAAUUAAUGCUACGUUGUUGGCCUUGGAGAACUCAGGUGCAAUAACACCGACCGACAGAGGCAUGGCGAGACCCCAAGCUACGGCUUUGGCCCGAUUCUAUGGCCUCCGUAAGGUGCACAAAGACGGCGCUCCUCUCCGGCCCAUCGUGUCGCUCAAAGGUACUCCAACGUACGGACUAGUUAAGUGGCUGUUCCGGCGUCUCAAGUUCCUGACCGCGGAGUCAGACACCACGAUCUCUUCGUCAGCACAAUUCCUGGAGAAACUCAAAGGGGUAAGCCUCCAUCCAAAUGAGGUCACGGUAUCUUUUGAUGUUACAUCCAUUUGUACUUCUAUUCCCCAGGACCUGGCGAUUGAGACAAUCGAGCUGCUUCUACAAAGCAAAUACGAUGAAAGGGAGAAUCGUCUUGGACGCGCCCAAGUCCUUCAGCUCCUGAAGUUCUGUCUCAGGACGUACUUCACGUUCGACGGGACAAUCUACGAACAGGUGAAGGGCACACCAAGGGGUUCGCCGAUUUCGGGGUUCAUAGUCGAGGCGGUCCUGCAACUGUUAGAGUCGCUGGUCCUCCAACACCACAAACCGGAGUUCUGGGCCCGGCAUGUGGAUGAUACCUUCGUCGUUAUCGACCAGGAUUAA